AUGGGGCCCCCGGGCAAUAGGGGAUCAUGGGGCCCCUGUGUCCUUGCCCAAACUCAAACAAGCCUCUUAAACUGUUUAUUUUAUGGUUCAAAGCCAGGGAGUCCUCCUUCUCAAAGCUUCACGAUGGUGUUAACUGCUGCUGUAAUUCUAAAGGAGGCUCAGAACCAGGGGUGGACUGACAACUCAUGGGGCCCCCGGGCAAUAGGGGAUCAUGGGGCCCCUGUGUCCUUGCCCAAACUCAAAAAAGCCUAUGAAAAAGGUACCAGGGGCAUCUCAUGGGGCCCCCUACUGACCCCGGGCCCUUGGGCAGUGCCCGAGUUUCCAAAUGGUCAGUCUGCCCCUGCUCAGAACAGAGAGGGAAACAAAAAAAAAAAC